UGUGUGUGUAUAGUUGAGAAUCGCGAACGAACGAUCCGUCCCACCGGUGGAGCCUUGUUUAUUUCCUCCGCUCGACGGCAGGUUUCCGUUCCUCAGCCAUUGCUCAGUGGGUGUGUCAGAUAGUGCACUGCUAUUGUGAUAAGCCGGCGAGAACGACGUAUCGGUUGCAGAUCACCAAGGAAACGGUGACAGUGAAGAAGGGCAUUGCCGGCUACUACGACGACGACGACGACGGCAACGACUGAACGGCGACGCACACCAUGACGCGUGGAGUGCUGCGAUUGUGCUGCCAGCGAGGAGAUGCACUGCUGCAAGUGGCGAAACCGGUGCAUCCGCUGCGUUUGUUUUCAGGUAGUGUCAAGCUACUGCAGAAAGAUGGAAAGCCGGCAGCGGCCGUCAAGGGUGUUCCGUACAAGAAUCUUGUAAUCGGUGUGCCGAAGGAACGAUGGACCAACGAAAAGCGUGUCUCCGUUACACCGGUGGUGGCUGGAACACUCAUCAAGAAAGGGUUCAAGGUGCAGGUCGAAAGCGGUGCUGGUCUGAAUGCAAAGUUCCGAGACGCAGACUACGAAGCAGCCGGUGCCAGCAUCGUCGAUAGCCGCCGAGCAUUUGACACCGACAUCGUGCUGAAAGUACGACAACCGUCAGAAACGGAAAUUCCACAGCUCAAGGAUGCCUCGACACUGAUCUCCUUCCUAUACCCCACCCAAAACAAGGAUCUGAUCGAUAAGCUUGCCCAGAGGAAAAUCAACGCUUUCGCAAUGGAUGCCAUUCCGCGAAUUUCACGAGCCCAGGUAUUCGAUGCACUCUCCUCGAUGGCCAACAUCUCGGGCUACCGUGCCGUCAUCGAGGCUGCGAACCAUUUUCCGCGCUUUUUCACAGGACAAAUAACGGCCGCCGGUAAGGUACCGCCGGCCAAGAUCCUCGUAAUUGGAGGCGGAGUGGCGGGUUUGGCCGCGAUCGGUCAGGCCCGCGGUAUGGGUGCCAUCGUGCGUGCCUUCGACACCCGGCCAGUCGUGAAGGAACAGGUGGAGAGUAUGGGCGCCGAAUUCCUCACGAUUAACAUGAGCGAGGAUGGUUCAACGGCGGGCGGUUACAGUAAGGAAAUGAGCAAGGAGUUUAUCGAGGCGGAGAUGGCACUGUUUUCGAAACAGUGCAAAGAAGUGGACGUGAUCAUCACGACCGCUCUCAUCCCCGGAAAGCGAGCCCCACUGCUCAUCACGGAGGAAAUGGUCAAAUCGAUGAAACCGGGCAGCGUAAUCGUCGAUCUUGCCGCGGAAGCGGGCGGCAACGUACAAACGACGGUCCCAGGCGAGAUCAAGGUAGUGCACGACGUCGUCCACGUGGGUCUCACCGACUUCCCGAGCCGACUACCAACGCAAAGCUCCACGCUGUACGCGAACAACAUCUCCAAGUUCCUGCUGUCGAUGGGUGAAAAGGAUCACUUCCACAUUAACCCCGAAGAUGAGGUGGUGCGUGGCAGCAUGGUGUUGCAGGGCGGUAAUCUAACCUGGCCACCUCCGGUCAUCGCGGUGUCAGCGAAACCUCCACCAGCCGUACCCUCGUCAGCCGGUGCCGCUAUCAAGGUCGAAGCCCUACCUCCAAACCCGUUCAACGAAACCCUCCGCAGCAGUCUGAUGUACUCGGGAGGACUCGGAACGUUGCUAGGACUCGGUGCCAUAGCACCAAACGCAGCCUUCACCACCAUGAUGACCACAUUCGCAAUGUCCGGCAUCGUGGGCUACCACACGGUGUGGGGCGUAACGCCAGCCCUUCACUCACCGCUAAUGUCCGUUACGAACGCAAUCUCCGGCAUAACAGCCGUCGGUGGUUUGCUGCUAAUGGGAGGCGGUGUGAUGCCAUCAAACACGAUCGAAACACUCGCGGCCAGUGCGGCCCUUAUCUCGUUCGUUAACAUCUUCGGUGGAUUCCUGGUGACCCAGCGGAUGUUGGACAUGUUCAAGCGCCCAACGGACCCGCCAGAGCACAACUACCUGUACGGCAUUCCGGCAACGCUCUUUCUUGGUGGAUAUGGCGUCGGUGCCUUACAGAACCUGCCCGAAAUCCACCAGAUGGCGUAUCUGGCGUCGAGCUUGUGCUGUAUCGGUGCCCUCGUCGGGUUGUCCUCACAGAAAACCUCCCGGUUGGGUAACGCGCUCGGUAUAAUGGGCGUAACGGGUGGUAUUGCGGCCACACUAGGUGCCAUGGCACCCAGCACGGACGUGUUGAUACAAAUGGGCGGUGUAGCUGGACUUGGCGGGUUGCUUGGAUCGCUCAUCGCCAAACGCAUCCAGAUCACGGACCUACCGCAGCUGGUGGCCGCUUUCCACAGUCUCGUCGGUGCUGCGGCCGUGCUGACGUGCGUGGCCACGUACAUGCACGAUUUCCCGACACUCGCAACCGACCCGGCAGCGAACGUGCUCAAGACAGCGCUCUUCCUGGGCACCUACAUCGGUGGUGUCACCUUCAGUGGAUCGUUGGUUGCGUACGGAAAGCUGCAGGGUGUGCUUAGCUCGGCACCGUUGUUACUACCAGGUCGGCACUUCAUCAACGGAGGUCUACUAGCGGGAAAUCUGGCCGCAAUGGGUGCAUUCUACCUCGAACCAUCGAUGGCGGGUGGAUUGGGAUUGCUCGGAGCCACUGCAGCCAUGUCGACGGCCAUGGGAGUCACGCUGACGGCAGCCAUCGGUGGUGCGGAUAUGCCGGUCGUAAUUACGGUGCUAAACUCGUACUCAGGCUGGGCCCUGUGUGCCGAGGGUUUCAUGCUAAACAACAACCUCAUGACGAUCGUGGGCGCGUUGAUCGGAUCGUCCGGUGCGAUCCUGUCGUACAUCAUGUGCAAGGCAAUGAACCGUUCGCUGCCAAACGUUAUCCUUGGUGGGUACGGUACCACCUCGACCGGUGGUGGCAAACCGGCUGAGAUUGUCGGAACACACACGGAGGUGAACGUGGACGGUACGGUUGAGAUGAUCCGCAACGCCAAGAACAUCAUCAUCACACCCGGGUACGGGUUGUGUGUGGCCAAGGCACAAUACCCGAUCGCGGAAAUGGUUAGCAUGUUGAAGGCACGUGGAAAGAAGGUUCGAUUUGGAAUUCAUCCCGUAGCCGGACGGAUGCCGGGACAGCUGAAUGUGCUGCUGGCUGAGGCCGGUGUACCGUACGAUGACGUGCUCGAGAUGGAGGAGAUCAAUGAUGACUUUGAGGAAACGGAUCUGGUGCUGGUGAUUGGCGCGAACGAUACGGUAAACAGUGCUGCUGAGGACGAUCCGAACUCCAUCAUUGCCGGAAUGCCCGUGUUGCGUGUCUGGAAGGCGGACCAGGUUGUCGUCAUGAAGCGUUCGCUAGGUGUUGGAUACGCGGCAGUGGACAAUCCGAUCUUCUACAAACCGAACACCUCGAUGUUGCUGGGAGACGCCAAGAAAACGUGCGAUGCUCUGUUGAGCAAGAUCAAGGAGGAAAACUAAGAUGGCAACUAUCCACCCGGACCGGUUCAUGGGCAUUGGUAUACCGUGUACCAACGGUAACGACGAAACAGUGCUUGCAUUUAAUUAAGAAAUAUGUAAGAAGCGUGGCCAUACAUGUUAAUACUUUACGGUUAAUGUAAUGUGUAAAAUAAAGCUCUUUUUCCUUAACG